AUGGAUAAGUGUGGCAGUGCAAUGGAGUUUCUUGAGAACAAGAACAUUUUGAUCACUGGGGCCACUGGCUUUCUUGCCAAGAGUAUUUUUGGUGGAGAAAAUCUUGAGGGUUCAACCAAAUGUCAAGAAACUCUAUUUACUGUUAAGAGCAGCAAACGAGAUGAUAGCUUUGGAACACAGUUGAUAGAAAAAUGCAUUAUUUUGAUUGUAAAGGUGAUAGGAAAGGAUUUGUUUCAAGUAUUAAAGAAGAUGUGGGGUGGAGACUUUGAUACCUUGAUUUCAGAGAAGGUUUGUUUGGUUCCUGGGGAGGUCUCACUCUCAGAAAUGGGAUUGAAAGAUUCAAAUUUGGUAGCAGAGAUGAAGAAUCAAGUGGAACUAAUUGUUAACUUGGCUGCAACGACAAAGUUCGAUGAGAGAUACGACGUAGCAGUUGGCACUAAUACCUUGGGAGUCAAACAUGUCAUAAGCUUUGCAAAGCAGUGUCCAAAUUUGAAACUCCUUGUCCAUAUAUCCACCGGAGAAAGAGGAGGGCUUAUCUUGGAAACUCCAUAUAAAUUGGGUGAGUCUCUUAAUGACAUCCAAGGUCUAGACAUUGCUACAGAACAAAGGGUAGCGGAAGAGAAAUUCAAACAACUUGAAGAGAGUGGAGCUUCGAAAGAAGCUAUAACAUCAGCCAUGAAAGGCUUAGGCCUUGAAAGGGCUAAGAUGUAUGGAUGGCCAAACGUGUACGUAUUUACAAAGGCAAUGGGUGAAAUGGUGAUUAAUGAUGUAAAAAACAAUCUACCAGUGAUCAUUAUCCGACCAACUAUAGUUACAAGACCAUCGACAGUUAUACUGUUGGAUAUGCUACAGGUAACUGUCGGAUAUGCUACAGGAAAACUAACAUGUUUUCUUGCCGGGAUUACUGCAAUUAUUGACUUGGUUCCCGCAGAUAUGGUGGUAAAUACAAUUAUCAUGGCAAUGGUUGCUUAUGAGCUUAAACCAUCUAAUAAAACAAUAUAUCAUGUGGGUUCUUCAGCAAGAAAUUCUAUGAGAUAUAUUGAUUUCCAACGUUUUAACUACCAAUAUUUCACUAAGAAGCCAUGGAUAAACAAAGAUGGAGAUGCUGUGAAGGUUGAGAAGGUUACUGUCUUCAACAAUAUGACCAGCUUCCAAAAAUACAUGAACAUUCGCUACCUAGUUUUUCUGAAGGGAUUGGAAUUUGCGAACAAGGUCUUCUGUCACUCUUUUCAAGACAAGUAUAAUGAUAUGAAGAAGAAGAUCAAUUUUGUGAUGCGGCUCAUCCAACUUUAUCGCCCAUAUCUAUUCUUCAAUACCAUUUUUGAUGAUACAAAUGCAGAAAGGUUGAGAAUGGAUAUUCAGAAGAAAGAUAGAGAAACAGAAACCUUCUUAUUGGAUCCUAAGGAGAUCAAUUGGGAGGAUUACUUCAUGAAUAUACAUUUUCCUGGAUUGGUUAAAUACGUCUUCAAAUGA